AUGGAUUCAAAUCAAGGAAAAUCGUCCACAGAUUCGCCUUAUAGUUAUGGUGGAUCAAAAAAUGAAAGUCUGGAUCCACUUCUGAUCGGAUCGGUUUCAGUACUUGUCCUGGCAUUGACCGUGAUUAUCUGGCGUCUUCUUAAAUUACAAUGGGAUGAGAAAGCAGCUCGUCAGAGGACAGAUUUGUUAUUGGCAAUGAAUGAAGGAGCUGAGGAUAGAAGAGGUGCCAAUGUAGCUGGAGGGAUGCGUAGAAAUGCUAGACGUCGUAUUAAUCGCGACGAGCAAGAAGACGGUUUCGUCAAUCAUAUGCUAAACGAUGAUGACGAGAUGGAAGAUGGAGAAGGAGGUGAUCAAUUUGAAUAUGAUGCUGAUGGUAAAAAAGUUGGAAAGAGAAAGGCUGCUAAAUUGGCAGCGAAAGAAGAAAAACGACAAAUGCGAGAAUAUGAAAUAAGAGAACGAGAAGAACGUAAACGACGUGAGGAAGAACGGGAGAAAAAACGGGAUGAAGAAAAAGCAAAAGAAGCUGCUGAAGAGAAGGCUGAAGAGGACCGAUUGAAGAAAGAACGAGAAGAGAAGGAACACAAAGAGCAUGAAGAGUAUCUGGCUAUGAAAGCUUCUUUUGCUGUUGAAGAAGAGGGAACCGAUGCCAUUGAAGGAGAAGAAGCUGAAAAUCUAAUUCGUGAUUUUGUAGCAUAUGUUAAAGCUAACAAAGUUGUCAAUAUCGACGAGCUGUCAGCUCAUUUUGGUUUGAAAUCAGAAGAAGCCGUAAAUAGAUUGCAGCAUUUCAUUGGAGAAGGACUCGUUCAAGGAGUUAUGGAUGACCGUGGAAAAUUCAUUUAUAUCUCUGAUAAGGAGUUCGCUGCUGUUGCGAAAUUCAUAAACCAGCGUGGACGAGUGUCAAUUCAUGAAAUCGCGGAACAAUCGAACCGCCUUAUUCGUCUUGAGACACCGAUUGCCGCCGAAUAA